AUGUCCGAAGAAGAUCCUAAUUCCGAUGAGGUGGUCCCGAUUCCAGUUCAGAUUUUCCUGUGGAGACAAACCACCCCGUUCGUGAGACCGCGCCUAGGCAAGGUCCAUGAUGCGGCAUGUAUGUCAUUUGAGAAAGUUCUAGUACAGAACUUGCGGUUUGGGCUCUCUAUUAGCCUAGCGGAAGCUAUAGGCUCUAUUCCACGAUGGAGACUCAUACAAGCCUCGCUGCCUCAUGUGAUGCACGCUUUAGCUGCUCUGUUACACAACAGAGUGAAAGACAACAUGCAGUCUUUGGGCAAUGUGGAAACCAAGUUACUAUACACCCUUCACUGGAUCCUCCUUGAUGCGUCAGACGAAUGCAUUGAAGCGGACUAUGAAAAUGGGGUAUUCUACUCAAACCCUUUCCAUUACCUCUUCUCAAUACCUGCUUUAACCCUGUUUGUUUUCCUGUUUGCACCCCUGUCUCACCACCUGAAAGAGUCAGACUUCACAAACAACUAUCGGUUAGAGAAUGGCCUUAAGAUGUGGCAAGCUAUGUGGGAGUUCAGACAUCCUGAAGCCCCAUGUUUCACCACUCUGGUCAAGCCAAAACCCAAGCCUUUAGGUGGCAAGUAUUCCAAGAGACAUCAACCAGGCGACGUGUUUAUGGGACGUAAAUUGUCCAAAGAAGAAGGAGGCGGAGGUAAUGUGAACGGGAGCCCACCGAGUCAGAACGUGUCGAUAUCGCAGUCGGAAGUGACGUCAAAACAGGCCAGCACGGAAGAGGAACCUUGGCUGUCAUCACCCAAGGACACUAUUUUCCCUGAAACUAUACCUGAAGAGAGUUCUAGUACUGAAGAAGAGCAUGUGUUUAUCUACCGUCUUCCUUCGGAGCAAAAUUUUGGAGGUGCCGUGAAAGAAGCCUACACAGUCUACGCAGCCGAUCCCAGUAUAUUUCAACCACGGAAAACGGAUACGUCAAAGCAGGGACUUCCGGGUAUCAAACCUUUGCCACAAAUUACUAAAAUGAGUUCAUCAGAUAAAGAAUCACUGUCGGACAGUGGCGGUGGAGGUGGUCCUACCAAAGAUACACCAACUACGGAAAAACCACCGUCUGCAAAACAAGGGAAUGUAUCUGCAGCUACGUUCCUAGACGUAGCUACAAUGAGGUGCUUGUUUACAUCUCAAUGGCAAGAAGAAGGCGUGUAUUGGGCACUACACUACUUAUACAACAGGUUGCGAGACAUAUGCGACGAUAUGUCGAAACAAACGCAGCCAAGAAAGCGAAGCAAUUCUUUACCAAUACCAAAAAUUGAAGUCUCCGUGUACCAGAGCCCAGACAUAAAAGACCGAGAUUCGCUAAAGAACUUCAUCGAAGUCCCAGAAGUCAAGGACAUGUCGCCCAUCACAGAGAUGCCAUUCACUUCGCCAACCAAAACGGAAGAUGAGAAUAUAAUGACGAGAAGAUCCAGCGAGAAGAUUAAACGAAAAAUGAAAAUGGCCGACCUUAAAGCCUUUGUGGAAACGAAGCUACUGUCCAAGUCAGAAAAGGCUCUAGAGAAGAUCGGACACGAUGACCACAAGUUCUCCUUCCACUCAGCAGUUAGGAUGCUAUCUGAAUACCACAGAAGCUUGGACAAUACGGAUGAUCGUCCUAAUUCGGCGCUAGCGAGCAACUUCCCGCCUCUAGCCCCCAGGCUCACCGGCGACAUGUUCCAUUGCAAUCUUAUCAAAGGCAAAAGUAUGCCCAGCCUUAGAUACAUUGAAGAAGUGAAGACGGAACGAACUCAAGGUCCCUCCCACGCAAUGCCAACCAACGCACAGAAGAAGAAGAACCCAAUCAUUACUGUGACCGAACAUACACCGACGCCGUCACCCGACUAUUUAUCUAAGACUAGACAGGCAGUAUACUCAGUUUCAACGAUGGACAGUUUCUACAUAACCCUUCGUGUAAUGGAAGUUAUGCUAAACUUAGUCGAUACCCUCAUGGAAAUGGGGGUUCACAAAAAUUGGCAAUCUGGCAAGAGUGACGACGUGCAACCAGGAAACGUUGACCCUUUGGGUGAUUUUAACAAAGAUAAGGAUAGCAAAGAAAGAGAUUCUGGUAUUCCUUGCGCCCAAAGCCAGGACUCUACAAACCUUGAAGGAGGAGACAGCACAAAGGAGAGAACUAAAGAGGAAGACAACAUGGAUUGCCCGUAUUACAUGAUCAUGCAUGUUAUACUGCGGUUACUCCGUCAACUAGGCUGUUCACACGGUUGUACCACCGCUCUCCGUGGUCCUCAAGCAGAAUGCUUACGAGUCCAAGCAAGGAACUCUCUUCGUCAACUGCGGUCAGCUUCCAUACCUAAGUUCACUACUCGGUUGAAGGAAAUGACCAAGUAUGCUCCCAUACGAGAAGUUCUCGAUAAUUUACAUGCAGCUGUCGGAUUUUGUGCUGAGCCUGCUACUUUGGUAUCGCCUAUGAACCAACAAAAGCGCAGUAACACAAAAUCUCCUGAUAUAAGUAAUCUGCAAACUGGUUAUGCAACCAAUUUUGGGGCAGGCCAGGGACCGAAUGCAAGCCGCGCUAUAGAAACGUUCAUAAUCGAAACCACGUUCCGAGUACUCGUCACUCGAUUCGCUUUGAUGCAUAAGGAACUAAAAAUGCUUGAUAACUCUACGCUAUACAUGGAAGUUCGUCUGCUACUAAGCUAUGUACGAGAAGCUCACGGCGGCGAAUUCCGAGUGGUAGCGUUUAGCGCACUUCUGGACACUGCAGAAAGACCUGAUAGCCAACAGAAGGAAUCUAACAUGCAGACUACUAGAGUUAUUAGGCACAUUCCUCGUCAAAGCGAAGAGGAACGUGGCUCUGAUACCGGUGCUGACUCGGGCUGUGCUCCUGACGAGAAAUCACACAAGAAGUUCACUUUUAAAAAGAGAAGUACUUCGUCAACGGGAGCGCAUAGCCUCUUAGAAACGGAAGGAGGUGAAGAGUCCGCGAGUCAGUCCCCUUUAUCAGUUCGUACGCGACGUUACCAGCUGACGCCGCGCCAGUCAGAGCGAACCAUCCCCUCCGCAUCCUCGGCCGAUAUCACGCCGCACCACAAGAUCUCGCACUCCAAGUCCAUUCCUUCAAAGUUCCACAUCGCUGGCAUUGUGAACUGGUUCCGUCAAAAGCCGCAUCACUCUCAAUCGUUGAUUCGUAAUGGAGGUGGUUCGGGCGAGUCUCUCCCGAUCUCGGGCAGUAUGAUAUCGUUAGCUCGGCCUCCGCAUUUGCCGCCACCCCAUACAUCACGACCUGUCCAUGUUAAGCGAAGAGUUGGAUAUACAUUGAAUAGGGCUCGAAAAAGGGUCGAAGAUCGUCUAAACAGAUUCGGUCUAAGGAAAAUGGGGAAAAAGCGAGAUGGCAGUAUAGAAGAUACUAGCGGUGGAUAUAUGUCGCGGCGUGGCUCUGCUGAAGGAGGGUCAGGUGGUGGUGAAUCUGAAGUAGUGAUACUAAAGCGCCGUCGUCUAGUGGCGGCUGCGCCAUUGUACGCAGGACUGGCGAGGUUUAGCUUUCUACUAGACGCUACCCAACCUGGAGGAACGCCAGACGCACUCUUCAUGGCCGCUUUGUUAGAUUUGGCAUUAGGAAACAGACUGGAAGAAAUGCUGAUUGAAGACAAGAAGCAUGUUGAUACAGUUGUCAACUUAGUAAACGAUCCUGAUGGACAGCGCGAGCUUCUACAACAGGACGAAGAAGAAGACUUCCUUGAUGAAGCCAGUAUUCGCCUUCCUGGAAAGCCAAUUGGCGCCGACUGUCCUCGAGCCCUCAGAAUAAUUGCUUGCGUACUUCUAUUUGAAAUAACUGCAUUCCUCCGCGAAACCUACCAGAACCUACCCAAGACAUGCCGAUCCUCGUUAAAGGAAAGAGGACCUUGGGACCGAGUUUACAGGGAAGCUAACCGUCGAUGGAGUAUGGCUCUAUCGAGCAUGGGCCACUCUCAGGCGUCUGCGCAAAGCUUACAAUCAAUUGCGGGAGCAGAGACAGAGAGGAAAAUAUCUUUUGUCCUGCACGAACCUGAGAACGUAUCUGGUGGGAGUAAUGUAACCUUAGCGGACGCGAUACCUCCAGCAGUGGAUGACAAGAAAGGCCGUCUUGGAUCCCGUGGCAAGGCAGGCAUGCAUCGCCGCAAUACACAACAAACGCACUCAGCGUAUGGCUCGUUCAAACGGCGAUCUAUAAAACUUAGGCAGAAAGAUACUAGAGAUGUAGUUGACGAAUUUGUAACAAGAAGAUCUGAUUCAAUACAAAGUAGACGGAAAGUAUCUUCGCUAUCAGAUAGAAGUGAUACUUCAGAAGUAUAUCCAGGGGCAGGUGGAACAGUCAUAAUGUCAAAUGAAGUAGAUAGUGGAGGUGAGGAAAGUCCAGGAGUACUCUCUGAUGACCACGAUCAUCCACCGGACAGCCCUGACAGCAAUUCUACUGACCCUCCUGAUACUAACAAAGGCUUUCCGUGGCUCAAGGUUAUGGUGAAAUUCCUAAACUCUUUCAACUACGUGUGCUGCCAUCAGAACUUCUGCCAUCCUUAUUGCUUCAGACGAAACAUGAGAGCCAGUGUUAGACUCAUGAAAUCUGUUCAGAAGAUAUAUGGCGAGAAGUUUGGUCCAGAAAUUAAUACGACGAGCUCAGAUGAAGGAAACGGUGGGACGCGAAGAGGGCGGCGGUCACGCAAGUCCUCUGAGCAUUCCACAGAUAGGAUUGAACGGUCCGUAAUAGAGAGUGCUGGCUUAGCGUAUCGAGCCGCUGGUGGCGAACAGACUAAUGUGCCAACUGAAGGAGUGCCCACAAAGCCAACUGCAAUGCCAUACCCACCAGCUGACCCUCCAGCAAUACUCAAAUACCUUAAAGGACAGGUCCGAGACGCCUAUCACACGCCUCUAGCAACAUUGAUCAAAGGCGCAACCACAAUGGGUGAGGAAAUGUUUGCUGAAUGUGCCCCCGUCGCCUGGCAGCUACUAUUGGAAUCAGAUCGAGAACUUAGUUCGUGUGCCGCUGCUUUAUUCAUUCUCGCUGCUGUAAAAGCACCUAAUACGGCCACUGAAAUCAUGCAUAAUGAUUUGAAACAUGCAGAGCCGAGUACAAGAAUAAACGCAAUCCUAAGGUUCCAAGUAAUGUGGAAGUUAAGAUACCAAGUUUGGCCGCGUAUGGAAGAAGGGGCGUCAGUGACCUUCAAAGUUCCGCCUCCUGGCAUAGAAUUUACUCUACCAUCUCCUAAGAUCGGCAUCGAGUCGUUAGCAGUAGUCGAUCCACCGUGGACCCCACAAGUUAAGGAUAAAGACAUGGAGAUGACUUUGAAUCAAGAAAGACAUCGUUCUCUGGUAACAGCAACAAAGACUCGCAAGAAACAGCAAACGGAGGCAAUAAAGCGAGCUUUGCAACAAAGGAAUGACAAGAAACGAGCGGAACGAGAGAGCUUCCUCAUCACGACUAUCCCGAUUACGAGGCAGGCUGCUAGAGAGCCGGCGUUGGACCAUGCUGCAGAUGACCACGUUGACCCACCAGCUGAUGAGGAAUUGGUGGAAGGUGUGCGAGGGUCCCAUCAUACACAAGUAGCUUCAGCAUUAUUUCCCUCGACUUUGUGCUCGGCUGUAGCUGAGAUUGUAUCUCUGUUAGACGAUGCAGCUGUUUCAAGAGAUGGCUGUUCGGUUUAUGAAGUCGCAUACCAGGUAAUCUGGUGUUGUCUCGUCGAAGAUUCAGCUCUGUUUCUCCGACACGUCCUUGAGCGUCUGACUCGAGAUCAUCAGGACGAAAUGUUCAAGUUACUGCGACACUUAAUACGUUUCAUACCGCGGUUACCGCAACAAGCCGCGUUUGCUCUGUACAACUAUAUCAUAGGAUACGUCAUGUUCUAUGUGAGAAGUCCCCAUGAAGAAGGGCAAAGGCUGGUUGGAGCUGCAUUAUCAAUAUUGUGGAUGGUGGUGCACAGUGUUCACGGUAUCAUGUUCAAGGAUUUGAAGCAAAUAUUGCGGAAAGAGCAGUGCGAUGCGUCCAUAUUGCUUACCGCUAAUGUACCUGCAGCAAAGAAGAUUGUUGUUCAUGGCCCACCUGACAACGAAGGUUGCAUACCAUCUCAGUUUCCAGUUCAAGAAGAUACAGUGUUUGCACAAAUUCUAAAAGAGUCUCUAGAUUUCUUUGGCAUCCCAGAAAAGUUGCAUAAGGAACAUUUCCUUGUUGAUUUCAAAACUCGUCAAAUCCACAAUCCGCAAGGCUACGUGCGUGACCACUACUUCUUCAAACGCUCACAAUACCCACAACUUUGCCUGGUACACAUGGAGCCCGAUGAAGCGUUCCAAAAACUGCAGGAGCAGGAACUUUUGCAGAAAUUCGUUGAAAUCGGAAAAGUUUUACUAACUUGGGCCAUUUUGAAAAACGUCGAUAUGGUGGUACAACGUGUGGUAUUUCUUCAUGACGAACUUAUGAAGCUGCCGUCGUUUCCCCGCAAGGCUUUGGAAGCUGACCUUGUUCUUUACAGCAGAGGAGCUCUAGGUUCCACGCUGUUAGGCCUCGAUGUCUUACAUAAGUUCAUGUGGGUUCGCCUCAUAGCUCGUAUGUUUGAGGCGAUGGCCGGUAAUUUCACAUCAUCUCGCGACAUUCACUUGUUCCUAAACGUUCUCAACGGAGCCCUCAUGCUGCACAGUGAGGAUUCCUUAAUACUACGAUAUGUGAUCGCCACCUAUGUGAACGCUGCGUUCAAUUUCAAGAGCAUUUUCUCUACAAAUGGAUACUUACUAAUCAUGCCAACUCUGCUUCAAAUAUAUUCAAAUUUUCAAACAAAUAAACUGGUAACCACAACUAUAGAGUACGCCGUCAAACAGUUUUAUUUGUUGAACCGUAAACCAUUCAUAUUACAAAUGUUUGGUUCCGUGUCAGCCAUUUUGGAUACAGAUGAGGAAUCUACUUAUGGAGAUGCUAGCAAGGUACAAUCCAGCUGCCUGUUCAACUUACUCCUAAGCCUGGAGACACCUUCGCCUGACCCGCUUCAUAUCGCAGAACUUAUCAAAGAAGAGAAGCCACUAAAGCCGAUAGAUUUCUGCUAUCGUGAUGAAGAGGAAAUGGUGAAUGUUCUGGACUGCAUCAGUCUUUGUGUCAUGGUUGUAUCCUACUCCGCUGAGAGUAUGAGAGGGUAUCAGAUGCUGAUCAUAUUAGAAGCUAUACUACCAUGUUAUGUGAAACAAAUACAACUACCAACAUACAACCGGGAGGGGAAGACGGAGAAAGAGAUCAUUCAACAACUGGCCAUUGCUAUCAAGACGCUUGUCAACAACUGCGAGGGACUUUCUAAAUCGUACAACGGCCCUUAUAGAACGUCUCCGGAACAUAAAGGUUCGUCACAGAGGACGGGGCCUCGGACUGCUGCGGCUACUAUCAUCGCCUUCGAAGAGUCGCACUCUAAGUACGAUAACUCUAAAAUGCCUGUUCCUGAGUAUACUGGGGCUGAAGACUCGGAGCUGGUUCGAGCCGAGUAUCGCAGACCACGCGAUGUUUUACUCUCACUAGUUGGUGAAUUCAUCGGCCGUGCCACUAGCCGUUUGUUAGAAAUCAAUGGAUCUAACCGAAGCGGUGGCACUGACGGCAAACCAGUUGAACUGUUGGAUUCCAAGUCACAUGCUCGUCUAGCAGAAAUAGCGCACUCCUUACUAAAAGUAUCUCCAUACGAUCCUGAAUCUAUGGGAUGUAGAGGAUUACAGCGAUACAUGACACAAGUACUACCCGCUGCCGACUGGGCUGACGACGCGUUACGGCCAGCUCUUAUCAUGAUAUUAAGACGUCUUGAUAAAGUAUUCCUCAAAAUCGCCAAGAAACCUAGCAUCAGGAGAAAUACAGACUGGGACUCGGCGGCGGUUCUAUUGAAAGGAGUAUACGAAACUAUGAUACGGUGUCCGUACAUAAUGCACUGGCAACACGUGAAAACUCUUCUUAAUACUGUACAAGCCCUAAUAGUGUCAGACAACAACAGUGGCGAAAACUUAUCGUCGGCGACUGCGGCAUUAAUGUCACAGCCGCCUCCUCCACAUUUCUGCAGUACUGUCGUACGACUAAUCGCAUUGCAGAUCAUUAAUACAGGGGAUAGUUAUUCAUUGGAACAAAUGUGUGGAGGAAGCGCAUCGUUCCCAACAGGAGAGAAAACGGAAAACAUGUUGAUGAAUCUCUUCAUGCCACUGUGUCUACGAGUCGGAAGUGGUAGAAAAGACGUACCACCUCUCCGCCAAUCCGACGUAAGCUACCUAGUAUCGGUGGUUCUAAACGCGCUCUGCCCCCCGGCGCCGCCCGGACAGCUGGCGGCAGUGAACGCCAAGCUCAACGCUUCGGACAACCGCGCUAACUCACUCACCUUCACUGGUAGUAGAGAUGCAAGGAAUACUACAAGAUUGUCUAAUCAACUGUAUAGAAUUGCUUUCUUAGCGCUAAAGGUAAUGUGUGCAUGCUUCACAAGUGAACUAUGCACGGAGUGGGGCCGUAUAGCGCGCGCCAUGCGGGACCUGGGCAGGCGGAACGAGGCCGCUCACCAUCUCUGGGACUUCCUCGAACAUGUCGUCACGUACCGCACGCCGCUCUAUAUUCUGUUGCAACCCUUCAUUGUGCAUAAGCUAUCGCAGCCACCAAUUGGUGACAACGAGCGCCACAUGCAGUUCGUAGUACGCGAGCGGGUACGAGGGCUCAAGCUACCCGCCGCUCGCGCAAGGGGGGCCUUACUAGCUGAGCUAGCAAGGGAACUUAGGCAUAUGCGGGAUACACAUGAUCAAUAUAAGUUUGAACAAAUAGCCGAAAACCUCGGCCAGGCGGCUGGUAAGCGAGCAUCGGAAGUAUUCCCUCGUACCACAACAGUACCGGACAAGCACCAACAACAUAGGCCUUCACUGAUAUCCAUGUUGGUUGGACGAGGCGGUACUGGAGGGCUACCACGCACGCCCGACCAUCCUUCUGCACCGUUGUCUGCGCAAAGAGAGUCACUAUCAAGCAGUUCGACUACAAGUCAACACAUGCCUACAUUUGAAGCACAGCUGAAUAGUGGCCGAAUGAGUGACAACAGCAAUAAUAAUGCUGGCAGUGUCAACUCUCAUAUGGGUUCAUUGAAUAAUUACGGAAGUGAUAAGCCUACCGCCAGUACGCCGUCCUACACCAGCACACAGACCAAACUACGGUUUGUUCCUUCGGUUGAACUGAAGUUCACAUCCGGUGAAACAUCAAUGAGUCCACUAUCCCCUAUGUCCCCGGGAGAAGCGUCUUGCGGUGAGACUGUCCCUGCAAGGACCUCCUUGGAUAGUGACAUGCUAGUGGGAGAUCACUCCGACACUCCCGACGCAGGGGAACGUCCACGGUUACAACGAGCACAUGGGCCUUCUAAGAAGACAUUCAAGUUCCGGCGCAGUAGGCACACAAAGCCUGAUGUGAGCCACGUUCGUCUGGAAUCUGACGACGGCUCCUCCCCUGGACCAGAGACUACGCCCCUACGCCGCGCCUGGUCACAACCACCAUUCCUACAGCCAACCUAUAUCAACACCGACACUUCUUACGACAGUGAAAUCUCGCAGACAUCGUCCACGUCUGGAUACAGGCUAGCAUUACCCAACCUUCAGUAAAUAGACGACCAAUACUAGGUGUGGUCAGCAUGCAGUCUCGAUGUGCAAACACCUUACGAAACGGGUUUUAUGUCGGCAUGGUUGUCUCAGUCAUCUGUUGUGUGUGCACGGAAAUCGAAAUGUAUCUAUUUAUAUACGAAAAACAUUACUCAUCUAUUCAUUUCUUCAGUGUUUUUGCAAUCGUGUUUUCUUACAGGUUCCUGUCGAAGUCUAAGAAUGGUAAACCCUCAUUGAUACAUGAUUUGACAUUUACAAAUAAAAACUACUAAAUCGGCCAUGAUGUGUUGCCACAAUAUAAUAUCUCCCUGAUAUUGAUAUUUUGAGGUUGAUUAUUCAUUAAAAUUAAAAAAUAUUGCCGUAAAGCUAGAUCGUAAGAAUUGAUAUUUGUCGAGAUAAGUGCGUGUGAGAGGUAGUGUCGACGUCUGUCCGUUGCAGGGAGAGCUACAGCCUGCAGGCGUCGAUGACGGAGUCUCCUGGCGGCAGCGCGCGCGUGGCGCUGGCGUCGCCGGAGGGCGGCGCGGACGCGCGCUCGUGCAGCGCCACGCCGCACGCCAGCCCCGACGGUAAACAACCCUUCGUAUGUACCGCUCUACUUAUACGCAACCCCCCCGCACUCUCGUCUCUCUAUCUCUUUCCGCCUGUCGCCUCCGAGCAGUCUCCUUUGUCGUGAGUUAUCGUUCCGUCUUUGCUUUGUCAUUUCCAGGUGAUUUAGCGAUGUGAUAUUACCAUUUUACGACAACUGAAAUGUCACAACCAGAUUCAUUCUUCAUCGCAAUUGGUACAAAUUCAAUAAAAAAUUGUAAUAUCUCAUCGCUUUGUUAUCCUUUCUUUUCAAUGUUGCUGCUUUUGUAUAUUAAAAUGAUUUAACGAGGUGCCUAUGAAGGAACUUUAUUCUAAUACCCUGCUUUUUUGCCUAGCUUCUUUAAGCUGCGAGUCGGGAACAUCGUCAGCAGAACGGACCGCCUUACUUGGUGCUGCGAGUCAGCGCUCCCUGUUAUUGAGUAGCGACUUGCGAGACGAAGACACUCUGCUUUGAAUACCUAAUAAUGGUACAGCGGUGACAUCCGCUAAUUUAGAUACACUUCGAAGAAAAAUGACAAGGAAUGGUUGAGGACAAUCAUUGAGAUUUUGAAACUAUUUGAGCAUGAGUUGUCAGUUGAUACAUUUUGACUGAAAUGUAAAAAAAUCUUAUGAUUUCCAGUUUUUACAUUGUUGUAGAAAUGUCACAAGUUUAAAUACAAAAUAAGAUUUAUUAAGCACAAAACUUGAAGUUAUAUACACAGUUUGAAACCUUUGACAUUUUUAGAUAAAUCACUCCAUGUGAGUAUCAGAUACAAUUUGUAACACCAAACAAAUAAAAGUUAGACUUUUGAAUGUUAUUAGUAAGUAGCUUAAUGUCGUCCUUAGAUAUGUAUCUAAUAUUGUUAUAACAGUCAAUGAAUAUUAGCAAAUAGUUAAUAUUGAUAGUGAUGUCAUAGUUGAAAUACUACAGAGUCUAGUUUAAUAAGUUCCUAAGUUACGUUUUUAGACAAUUUUAAUAGACAUUUAAUUCCCAACUGUUUGUUUUAUUUCCAGCUAAAUAAAAUACCAUUUAAAAAAGAUACUAAAUGUUUAUUAUCACAAAUCAUGCUUCUUUACACAUCAAAAAUGGCUGUAAUGCUACUUGGAUAUCAGGAUCUAAGGGUAUUUCAUGAAUGUACUUGGAAAAAGUUAUGGCAAUCUUAUAAAUACUUCUCUUCACUGAUGAGACCAGGGCAGUCUUCAUUUUAAUGGCAAAACUAUCAUUCAAAAUAUGCUUCCUAGGCACCAGGCCCGGUUUUGUCAAUUUAUCUAGAUUUUGUUUCAGGUUAAUCAAGGUUGAUAUAACAAUAGGCAAAUCAUUCUGAACCACUCCAUAUUUGUCUUCAUUCAAUGAAGCAGCAGCAAUACAGGCUAAACCUUCACAAGUCCACAUCACAGGCUGAGCUUGCAUCAACAAAAACUUCAGUUUAGUAUCAGUAAGUUCUCCAAACAAGUAACUAAUACCAGGUUUUUGACAAAGUUUCUGAACAAACGAAUUGAAAUCAUCUUUGACAGCAUUUACAAAUGUGUCUUCUUUAUUGUUCUUAUUGUGAUCCUUAAGUUCUUUCAGUUUAGGAGAUUGUGCCAUAUUCCUCAAAUUUCCAGAGAAUUGGAAUCCAUUACUUGUUGAUGCAUUUCCAUUUUUUAGUUUGGAUGCCUCUGCUUCAUUCAAUUUUCCAUCUCCAUUGACAGCAUCUAGUUCCUUACUGAAGUCAUUAAUUAUGCUGAUGCAUUGCUCCAUUAAAUUGUUCCAAUUCCUUGGGUGUCCACCAGGCUGAGACAGUGUGUAUAUUUGUUGCCUCCUAGCCGGAUCAGUCAUUGACAUAAUUCUUAAAUCUUGCGCACCCAAGUAUCCAUUAAAUUGUGCCCUCAGAGCUAAUGCAUUGUGUAGCACUAAACUUCUAGAAGAUUCAAUAGGGAAUUUCAUUGGCUCAGUAAGUACUAUGUUAAAAAUAGUUCUCAUUGUGUAGACUGACACAAAGAAUAGACUUGUGUAAAACCAAAGCCCAAUCCAAAUUCCAGAUUUCAUCAAAUUAAAGACAUUGUCUAAAGGUGGGUCUUCCAGAUACAAACUAUAGACCUCUGAUACUACACUUCUUGGUUUAUUUCCCCACAGAUAGUAAAAAAUGCAAUAAUAUGCUACUGGCAUGAUAGAAUUUCUGAAUCCCAUGGAGAGGAUAUUGUUGACAGCCAAUUUAAUUUGCUGGAACUUAUCUUGGUAAACAUGAGGAAACAUAAGCAUUGUGGUUCCAAAAAUGUGAAUUUUCAGAAAAUAAUACAAUCCCACCCACAUGCCUCCAAACUGCAGAAAAAGACUUGGCUCCACUAGACAUUGACCAUCAUAAAAGUCACACUUUUUCUUCAAUAUGUUGUACUUACUUUUUGCCAGAGAUGAGUAUAAGCCCAUAGUAAAAUAACCACUAAGUGCAUAUAAUACACCGAACAUGGCAUUUUGCACCGAAAACAUGUUUAAGAACAUAGAGAACCGGGUAAAAUAUUUGGGCAAUGGCAUCAUGUAAUAACUUCCAUAAACAUAAGCUUGGAAAAAAGAAACCAAUGCGAGCAAUACGAUGUUAAGUCCCAUCUUCCAUCCAAAUAUAUCCUGUAGAGUUGAAGUUAUCCAUGACACGGGAUGCAGUAUAUCCACUUGUAUUAGAAAGACUAGAACGACAGCAAGAAAUGUCUGGAGUCCGAUAUUCCACAACACUGAAAUAAUCAAUCUCUUGGAAAAAAUAUCACUUUGUGUUUCCAUAACGGCGGUUAUUUUUAUUUUCUCUCACUUUUUCGCUUAACUUCUCAACUUGAUUUAGCGAACUGACAUAGUUGUAAAUUAGGCUUAGUGUAAUCCUGAUCUCCGAGUUUCACCUUGCAGGUUUAAACAAACAGCGGCUUCUUGCUUUAAUAAAAUAACCUACAACAAAUUCAAAUGAGAUUCAACUUCAACCGCACGAAUCAU